GAUAUUCAGAACUUAGUCUUUCCUACAUUCCUGACAAUAAACCACAGCCAACUAAGCCAACCUAGUUCCUAAUUUUUAAUUGAUUAGGCUCGUUAAUGAAGCAUAUAAAAUUAUUAUUUUAAUAAAGCCCAAACAUUUCCUGAUCGUAAAAUAAAGUAACCCAACGAUUUCGAUCGGUGAAAAGUGUGAAAAUAUCGUCGAGAAACUGGGCGCAGCGAAAUAAUAGCAGGCGGCGUGUUCGUGUCUCGAACCGUUCGCCCGUUCGGGUGAGUUCGUCCGGUCCCGGUGAAUACGUGCUUUUUGGUUGGGAAUAGCGAAACAAACGGCGACGCACCGAAUAGUAUAGGUGGCGUUGUGCGACACGGAAUCACAGGGCAACGUAUAUAAAAAAUUCCAUACAAAUGAAAUGGCAACUCGGGAGAAAAAGCUAUCCCUAAACAGGAAGCAACAAACAACGUCGUCGUCGCCGGUGCCCCAACAAAAAGAAUCCCAAACAUCAUCGUCGUCGUCUUCAUCGUCGGAUCAAAAUGAUGUACUGAAAAUUGAACCUAUUGAAACCACGACGACGACGAACCAAACCCAAAAGAACCAAAGGAGUCGUAACACAUCAUCGUUGGUAAAACAAAUUCAACGAAAAGCCGUGAAUAAAGUGAUUAAAAGUACCACGAUUGGUAUAAAACCAAAAGUAAAAAAAUUAAAUCAACGAAAAGCGAAAAAAAUUUUAAAACUCCCCGAAGUAAAAAAGACGUUGUUAAAAAACGGGAUUAAUAGUCGAAAAGUUAUUAAUAAAAAAGAACCAACAACGCCGAAUUUAGAACUGCCGAGUUUAGAACCAAUUUUUCGUAUGGUUAAUGAAAACUCGAAGAAGAAACGAAAUCGGGGGAAAGAGGAUGAUAAAAAGAAGGAUGAUGAGUGUAAAAAUGAGGAUGAUGACGUCGACGAGGCCAUCCAUUCGAUUAUAAGCGAAUUGGAUUUCCCAAAAAAGAAAAAAACCAUGAAAAAAUUAAAAACAGACGAAACGAUUGAUGAGGUAAUGGGCGAUUUGGCGGCCCUCAUGAAAAUCGACGACGAAGUCAAAACGGAAACGGAUGUCGAGAAUACGUUAGAAAAACCACGUAAAAAACUGAACAAAGUUAGCAUAUUAAAAGAUUUAAAAAAAGAUAACUUGGAGAGAAUGGAAAGUAGUAAAGUUAUCGAUACAUUAGAUUUAAACGUAACACAAAAGAAAAACACAACUUUAGUAACAAAUCGAAGGCACAGCAGCGAAGAAAAUUGUACGAAAACGAACAAUCCAAACUUAACAACCUUAAAUUUAUUUUCAAACAUCCCAAGAAGUAUCAGUCCAAAAUCGAAGCGAAUGUCGCGGUUUCGCCAAAGUAUUGAAAAACAACGAUCGAGUCCAUAUUCGACAAGAUCCGAUUCACCAGCGAGAAUUUUACGAAACGGGAAACAUCGAAAAUUAAAAGAUCUAACAUUGUUGGACGGUUUAGAUAUCGAACACCGAAGACGAAAACGUCUCUGCUCGGAUUACAGCGGUGGAAGCGAAGUUUCCGUUUCAAAAUCCGGUUACGAGUCGGAUAGUAGUUUUUCCGAUUUGGUUUCGCUCCACGGAAGUGGGGUUGAUUCCACAGAAAACGAUAUCAUCAAAAAAGAAUCGUCCUCAAUAACACCAAGUGAAUUAAAAGACGAAGAAAAUGAAAAAGGAAACAUAGAACAACAAAAACCGGAACAAAAUGUUGAUACCAAUUCGAAUUUAUGCGAAUCCGAACCGGAAUUUGAUUCGAAUCCAAGUUUGAAAGUGCCUGACAAAUCAAAAAUUUUAGGAAUUAUGAAACAAACGUUUAAUGAUGUUGACGAAAAGAAAUCAAUUAACGUUAACGAAACCACAUUAUCAAUUAAUACGGACACUUUUUAUGGUAAUAGUAACAAUAAAAAUGAAGAAAAUUUACCUCAACUUCAACCAAUUAAAGAGAUCAAUUUAGAAACGAAUCAAAACGGAAUCGAAUUAAACAAUGAAGACGAAGAAGAGGAACUAGAUCAAAACGAAGAACCCCCAAUUCUUGAACCAAUGAAUAUUAUUGAAGACAAUUUAAAUCACGAAGAAAUAAUAAACCAAGAAAAAGCAGAAACAAAAUCAUUAAACGAAGAACCAAAAAUUAACGAAUCACCAAACGAAAUUCUUCAAGAAGUCCCUCAAGAAAAUCACGAAGAACAAAUCCCCGAAGAAACACCGAAAAUCGAAGAGGACAAAUCUGAAUCGACACAACCCGAAGAUAUAAACAUAGAAAUUGUCGAGUCACCUGAAAGUUUAGCGAUAAAAGAGACAAUAUUGAAAGCAUUAGGAUUGCAGAGUUUAAAAGCGGCUGAAGAAGCAAAACUAAAAGGGCUACAACAAAAAGAAUCGCCUAAUAAAACCGAAAUGUACACGGGUACGUUAAAAACGGUGAUUAAGUUGAAUCGAAGCGAUCGCAAGCGAGGGAAGAAAUUAUCGUUGCAAAAAAAUAGGAGACCUAACAAGGAAAAUAAGGAGGAUAAAGAGAAAAAGGAUGAUGAUGCGAAAAAUGAGGAGAAACCAUCAACGAGUGCUGCGAGAGAGAGGGAAUCAACAUGGAAAACCCAUGGAAAUCAAUCAUCAGAAUCAGCUGGUGCGCUACGCAAAUCACAUUAUGCUAACCGAUCUAACAUGGUAGAUGGAAGUAGUGAACAUACCUCUGAUGGAGAUGCGGCUACAGGCGAAGAUGGAAAAUCCCUCGUAAUACCAGAAAAAGCGUCUUCUUUUAGCAUCCACCCAGGAAGACUUUGCAAAGAUGAGUGUUCGUAUUGUUUCGGAAAAUUUGGCCUUUUUGAUACUCCUUGUCACAUCGCCCAAAUUAAAACUGUUGAAAGACAAGAUAAAGUUUUAGCAGCUGAAAAACAUUUAACGCGAGAUUCAUGCCUUUGCGAUGCUUGUUUCCGUCACGUUGAUAGAAAAUCCAACAUCCCCUCUUACACUUCAAAUAAAACCUUCAAAAGAAACGUGCUCGUCGCCCCAGCCCCCAAAGAAAAUCAUUGCCACGUUUUGGGUUGUCGAAACGAAUCCAAUAACAUUUUGAGGCGAAAAUGGAUCAUAAAGAUGAGAAAAAAUAUUUGUAAAGUGAUCAAUAUAGACUUGGAUAAUCCCGGUUUACACUCAAUUCCGAUUUGUGACGAACAUUACACAGCUUUAGAACAUUUAAUGACGUGCGCGAUGUGCAAAAGAAAACUAGCCAAAAACCACAUUCACUACUUGGGCCAAGAAUUAACCGAAUUAAACGAAAAAUUAAACGCUAUAAACAUCCCGGUUAAACUCGAAGAUAAACCCGUCGUUUGUAAAUUAUGUAAAUAUUACGCCACACUGACUCUUUCGAAUGAAGAGGAUCCCUCAACAGAAAAGUUUUUUAAAGAAUACACUAGACGUUUGUUACAUUUUCACGACGUUGAACCUAUGAAUGAAGGUGAAGUUGAAGAGCCGAUUUUAAUACCGGUAAAAGAUACUUCAUCGAAAAUGGAAACGGAACAUCGCAACGAAAAGUCGUGUUCCUCGAAGAAAAAGAAAAAAGGUUCGAAAUCGCCGACGCCGACGAUCGAAACGACGACUACGACGUCGACGACCACAACGGUAGCUAAUAGCGAUACUCAAAACUUAACGGAUACCGAACAAUUAAGCGACCAAAACAAUGUGCCUUCAUCGGAAUCGAGGGCAGAAUCCCCGUCCGAUUACAUGGUCGAUUAUCAAACAUUAAUUCCUAAUAUAGCGAUGGAUUGCGGGAGCGAUUUAGAAAAUGCGAAAAAAGAACCACGAAAAUCGUUAAUAUUAAAAAAGGUGGUUAAAACAUCCGAUGUAAAAGAUGAAAAUAAAAAGAUUUGUGUUGGAGGUGGUGUUGGGACUGAUAUAGCUGUACAAAGGUUGGGUUCGAAUCCAUCGAUUUCCGUUCGACAAUUAUUUCCUGGAGAAGAAGAUUUACCCCUUCAAGGAACGAUCGAAUUUAACAACGUUAAAGAAAGAACACCAGAAGGUUGGGAAAAAUGUACAGCUACAAUUCAAUAUGACGCCGACACAAAACAUUUAUGGCAAGAAUUACAAAAACCUUAUGGAAACCAAAGUAGUUUUUUACGUCAUUUAAUAUUAUUAGAAAAAUAUUUCCGAAAUGGUGAUUUAAUUUUAUCGCCAAACGCGAGUCAUCACUCAGUUAAUUAUAGUGAAUCGGUUCAAAAUCGUUUAAGGGCUUAUGAUAACACCCCAACAAGUUCUGGUAACAUCCAACCAUUAACAAUGAUACCAUUUAAUAAAGCACCACAAAAAAAUCAUCAACCUCAAAAUAAGGAUCAAUCAAAUUUAAAUGUAAUAAACGCGGCUAAUAUACCUAAAAACACCCCAAUUACAUUGAAUCAAUUAAACAGUUCCGGUUUAUUAGUGAAUACAAUAAAAACUUCAUCUGGGGUUCCCCCUGGAUUAAUGCCUUUACAACCCGGAACGAGUAAACCCAUCGCUCCUUUAGUUAAAGUACCUCAACCUCAAAAAAUUAAGUUUCCAAUCACAAAAAAUUGGCGCCCAAAUUUAAUUCCUAUCGAUCCUAACAAAAAAAUCGAAAAAAGACCCGGUUUGGUGCAAGUCAUUUCCGGGGGAAAACCCUACCAUAUCACCUUGGAAGAUUACAAAAAAAUGUGCGCUAUAAAACGUACGUUCGAUUUAAAACAAAAAAAAAUACAAGAGGGUCAAAAAUCGUUGAUAAAUUUAAAACCCUCAGUUAAUUCGCUUCUAAAAUCUUUGGCGCCGAAAAAAAUAACCGUUUCAAAAACUUCAAUUUUAAAUCCUUUGAAUACAAACAAAUCGAACGAUUUAUUUGACAUGGAAAAAGAGGAAAGUAGCUUAGAAAAAUUAGAUCGGCAAGUUGAAAAGUUAGAAAUGAAAUUGAACGAACCUAAUAAACAACAACCGGUUGUUAUGAUUUUACCAAAAAUACCAAAAUCGUUAACAGUUAUUCCGCAAACUGUCCCAAGGAAACCAUCGAGACCUUCAAGUCCCACUUUACAAAUUGUUACGAAACCGAAAUCGGUUCAAAGAUCAUGAUUAGUGGUUGAUAAACGUUCCAAGUGCCUCUAUUUUUUCUACAUUUCAAGAAAAAAGUAAUUGUAAAUGAAAAGUGAUUGGCGAAGAAAAAUUUUGUUGAGAAAUAUUUUUUUAAAAAAGAAGAUUUUUCUGAUUAUACGAAAAAAAAAAGAUAUUGUAAAUAGUGUAAUUUAUAAUCGUUGAGUAUUUGUAAUAAGGAUAAAAUACGAUUAAGAUUAAAAAAGAUUCAAAAAAAAAAACUGUAAAUUAGUAUUUUUUCAUAUAAUUGUAAAUGUUUGUCGUCAUUGAGAAUUUUUUCCUUUUUUUUUUGUUAUUUAUAUUAUAAUAUCGACUUAAUUGUUUAGCAAUAAUCCUUUUUUAUAAUGUACACAUAUCUCUCUUAUCAUUUUUAUUAUUACUACGAAAUGUAAAUUAUUUAACAUUAAACUAUAUCAUUUAUCCGCAUUAGCUUAAGUUUAAACCGAGCUAAAAACAUUAUUAUUUUAAAUUAUUUUUCCAAUCACAUUAAAAACAGAUUUAAUUAUU